GACAGACAGACAGAAAAAACUUUUCAACCGCACUGGAGUAACAGGCUUCGCUAUCGCUCAGCCAAUGAAAGAUUUUAGGGAUCCUGGGUACUGUUUUUUGCCCACUGUCGAGACACUCGAAACCCAUCUCACGGCCUCUCUGUCUGCAGCGGCCGGUGACCUCGACUGGUGGAAGGUCCAGUGCAAGAAGAGAAACGCGUAUAUCCACGGAAUCUUGAGGUGCGACGGUUUCAGUCAAUGCGGCGACGGUUCCGACGAGGAAGGCUGUGACGCGCUGUUAGCUCCGCUCUCCGUGGCCCUGCCGGCCAACGCGUCUGUGACGGCCCGCGUACAGUUCGCCACGGUGCACAACAGCAUCGAGCUGCACCUGUGCGGCGGCCGGAGCUGCAGCAGGGUGUGGCUUUUUGGCGCGAGGGACGACGGCACGCUGCGAUACGAGACAUACACGGGCUGCAACCGCCUCGGCAGGGGCGGCACCAUCGGCAAGCACGACACGGAAGGCUUCCGUCUCUUCGCCCCCGGCGAGGUGGUGCUGGAGGUGCAGCACCGGCCCGGGCGGCUCGCCGUGUGGCGGCAGGGCCGGCCGGACGACGUGGUGGAGGUCCCCGUGGAGGCGGACUACGGCACGCUCAGGGUCAGGCCUUCCUACUGGGUCGCCGACAUGUCCGUGCAGUUCACUGGUGCUUCGAGUCCGGCUGCGCAGGGGCUCCCCGGCAGCACAGCGAGUCCACCUGAGUAGCCAUUCGUCGAAGAAGCGCACUCCAAUUCUGUUGCGACGGGACAGGACACUGUGUCUUCGCCACGCUUUCAGUUCCGAAUAAAAAUAUUGGCACUUCCCUUUCUUUCAAUUCUUACCAACCGGAAAGGCCAUAGUACUCAAAGAAGGAAUCUACAAACACGGUUUUCAGUCCAUUGACAGCCUCCAGUCAGCCAGUUGAGUCGUGUCUGUGCGCGGACAAACCACGUGGCGGGGCGAGCGAAAUUGUCGCAGUCCGGAGUCCAGCCGAGCCCAGAGGAGUACCGUUCUUGGAGCGCAGUCUAAACGCAGAAACUGGAGGAUCCUCUCCAAUCCGAAUUCUAUCUACUAUUUCAAGUGUCGCCGAGCACGAUGGCGCCCGCACACCCAGUGCAGGCCGCUGAGGCGGCAGCGGCGGCCCCGAAGGCGACCGGCGUGGACGUCCUCUCGGACGAGGUCCUGGUGAUGAUCUUCGGCAAGAUAACCGACGCCUGGACGCUGUUCCGCGUGCUGCCGCUGGUGUGCAAGCGGUGGUGCCGCUUGGCGCGCGACGCGUCCUCCUGGGCGAGCGCGGUGCUCGAUGUCUCUCUGUUCGUGGAGGCGGAGGCCACUAUGCUGCUUCACGCGCCCGCCCUGGCGUCGCUCGUAAUCAGCGCCAAGCACUCCAGCGAGUUCGACAACCCGCAGGGCUGCUACA